GCUGGCGUCUCGGCUGCAUCUUGAAUGGUCUCGUAUUGAGAGGCGAAGGUGUCCAUGGACAGCACAACAACAAAGGAGCCAGGAUGGUGUUAGUGCACGUCGGAUAUCUGGUUCUUCCCGUCUUCGGAUCCGUAAGAAGCAGAGGAGCACAUUUUAGCAGGCAUCAGCAUAGUCAUGCUACCUCCUGCCGGCAUUUUCACCUGGCUGCUACAGCAACACCGCUGCCUGCCGAGUUCCCACCCCCUUCCCUCGCCCCACCUCAGUACCAGGAAGUCCCACCGCCUUUCCUACCUCAGGCCUUACAGCAGCAAUACCUCAUCCAGCAACAGCUACUGCAGCGGAGACGCACACAGGAACGAGUCCCGCUGAACACACAUCGGUUACGCCCAGGAUAUGAAUAUGCUCCGCCCCUCCACGUCCCACAGCCAAUUCCACAGCAGCCCAGAUACCUGGCAGAGGGCACAGACUGGGAUCUGAGUGUGGAUGCAGCUGUCCCUCAUCAGUUUCCACUGCAGCAGAUUCCUCAACCCUACCAACACUACCUGGCCUCUCCUAGAAUGCAUCACCUGCCCAGAAACACGUCCUCCACCCAGGUGGUUGUCCAUGAGAUUAGGAACUAUCCGUACCCACAGCUUCAUCUGCUGGCUCUACAGAGCUUGAGUCCCAGUCGACACUCUUCUGCUGUUCGGGAGAGCUAUGAGGAACUGUUGCAGUUGGAGGAUCGAUUGGGAAGUGUCAGUCGAGGAGCUGUUCAGACAACCAUAGAGAGAUUCACCUUCCCUCACAAAUACAAGAAGCGGAAGCCGCUGGAUCUAAAGUUGUAUGAGAGUGAGGAAGAGUCUGAUGUGGAUGAGAAAUGCACCAUCUGCCUCUCCAUGCUGGAGGAUGGAGAAGAUGUCAGGCGGUUACCCUGUAUGCAUUUAUUCCACCAGGCGUGUGUGGAUCAGUGGUUGGCCACCAGCAGGAAGUGUCCUAUCUGCCGAGUGGACAUCCAGACACAGCUCACACCUGAGAGCUGAAACACACACAUUAACAAAUAACACAUUCUCUUUCACUCUUAUAAAACACAUUCAUCCACAUAAAUCUCUAUACAGACGUGGGAGGAACCCCAUUUGCAGGGUUUGCAUCCAAAACACAGCUCACACACAAUGUUUAUUACCUACACAUGAGUAUGUACAAAUCAUACGCUCCACAAGAAUGAGCCAUCCAACACACACUUACACGCUUUACUGAGCCAAUGACAAUAACUGACACUACACACACGCACGCACUGGUAGAGCUUACUAAAGGGUCUGUUGUGAAGAGUGAUGCUGUUAGUAGGGAAAUGGUGUGUGUUCGUAGCAUAUGUGUGUGUAUUUGUGCAAUUCCUUAAGCCAUGAACUUAACUAAAGACUCUCAUCUUGCAUACAACACACACACACACACACAAAUUAACGAUAGUACACACACGCGGAAACAUACUGGCAUACCGGCAGUGUUGGGGAGUAACGGAAUACAUGUAACGGAAUACAUGUAACGGAAUACGUAUUUAAAAUACAAAAUGUAAGUAACUGUAUUCCAUUUCAGUUACAAUUUAAAUCACUGGUAAUUAGAAUGCAGUUACAUUCAAAAAGUAUUUUGAUUACUGAAGAGAUUACUUUGCAUUUUAUUGACAAUUGUUUCAUUCAAUACAUUACAAAUGACCUUUUACAGCAUGUAAUCUGUAGUGGAGUUCAAAAGUAACCUCCCAACCCUGCGUACCGGUAUAUACAUGAUGAAGCUCUUGGCGGAUAAGACACUGUCAAAUCUAGCUACUGAAGUGUGUGUGUGUAAGUAUGUGUGUCUGCUGUAUUUUUAAUCUGCAAUACUGCUUUAGUCUUACACACUGGAGCUAUUUAGAUUUUUUUGGUGUGUGUGUGUGUGUGUGUGUGUGCUUGUUCACUAUUUUGGUGUGAGUAAUGUAUGUGUGUUAAUGCGUGAAUCUCAAGGCACCUGUUAAGAACAUGUCAUAAUUAAUUGCAAAAUCGAGAGAAAGAAAUAAGAAAUAAUAUUUUCUAAAACAGGCUUAAUUUUCUUUAUGCAAAAUAUCCUUUCUUAUUUUUUGUCUUUUGAUUUUGGGGUGAAAUAUGAUUUGUACAUGUUUUAGUGAGAUCACCCUAAUGUUUUAUGGGUCAUUGGGAUAUCUGUGCCCGACAGUGCAUGUAGAAAAGCCAAAAAAAGAAAACACACAAACACACACACAAAAGAAAACAAAUAAAAACAACUCCCGUCAGUCAUUUCAGAGACAGCAGGAGGAGGUCUGUUGUCUUAAAAAAAAAAAAGUAGGCGGAGAAUGUUGUGAUUGGUGGAUUCAUGUAGAUAGGCGCAGUAGUAGUUGCAUGCAUCUGUGCUUGGGUUGUUGUUUCAAGGUACACCUGGAAAUGUGUGCAAGUGACUAUGCGUGUGUGUGUGUGUGUGUGUGUGUGUGUGUGUGUGUAGUGGUAUGACACUGCAUGAAUGUGUAUUAGCUCCUUUAAGCUGUGACGAUCUGUAACAUUAUCAGACUCAUGUAGCUUGUGUGCAAGCGUGUACGUAUGCGGGUGCGAGAGAGAGACCCUGCCAUGACCUUUGACCCUAAAUGCCUACUGAAAAAAAGCACAUGUGAGCAUAGUUAAAGUGCCCUGCCUCACUCUGGUGCUGCGCUGCCAUGGUUACUGUAUUUAUUAUUGGUAUUUAAAACAUGCAGUGUUUGGAGGGGGGCGGGGCUUAUGCGUGUCCAACCGUGUUCUUGUGUGACAGGUCUCCCCUCGUGGUUGCUCUGCUGGUUGCUAUGCUGUAUUGCUAGAACUACAAUGUAGAAUGUCGUGUGAUAGAGGAACGUCCACCAACAGCACACAAGGUGGGUCGAGACAGGUCAGAACUGAUGAAAAACCAAACGCUGCAGAAAUUAUUAUCUGCGUCCCCUAAGGGCCGAAACGUACUUACGCAAGUACGUGACCGCAACCGCUUAAGAUCCAUUUCACAUGUUGUUUUGUUCCGAAAUAUGUCAGGAUGCAAUUCUAAAUGUGUCAGGACACAAUUCAUAAUGCAACGCAACCAUUUUCAGCUAUAGCCACGUUAGCGUGAACUGUAUUGUUCCAUGGUCAGCUUCAAUUAAAUGGUAGUUUAAAGACAAUCGUGUCGAGCGAAUCAGUUAAAGUUGGUUAAACUUUUUACAACGUUAUAUAGCGAGCUUUCUGAACAAUAAAGCAUUCAAUUUAAUGCACAUACAUUUUUUAAACCUAACAAUAUCGCCCCCUUGUGUACCAACAUUUGUUACCGCCACAGUAACGCACAAACGCUCAUUAAGUAUGUACAAUGUGACCACGCUUGCAAUGCGUCUGUAAAGCACGCAUGUCUACAAACUUGCGACCACCGUUAUGUAAAUUACUGGAAAAGGUAAUCCACUACAAAUGACCAAUCUUACUCAUUACAUCAUGGGAAAAGUAAUUAAGUUACUAGUAACUUUCUAGAAUACUUUUCUCAGAAAAGUUUGUUUGCAACCUAAGUAAUUUACUUUAAUGUAAUUGAAAGUCAGUAACUGUAAUCUGAUUUAACUUGAAAUGUGGUACACUACUUUUUGAAAAAUAAAUGAUGUAACGGUAACUAGUUACUUUGUAAUCAGAUUACACUCAGCACUGCUUGUGGAGAAUGUUUCUGUCCUUUCACUUUAGAAUGCACAAUUAACGUUACUUUAUCUUAAUGUGUCAAUUUGAGCUACAGACUGGUUAAAAUUACGUAGAGAAAUACAAACUUGUGUAAUUAAUCGUGGGAGGCAACUACGUAAGCUACGUCAUUUCAGCCAAUGAGCUGCAGUUGUUUCCUGUGUGUUGGCUCCUCCCCUAAUGUUGUGCGUGCUGUUUGGUGGAUGAUAGCUCACGUUGAUCGUUUACACAGGGUUAUGUCCUUUGAAAUGCCUUAAGUAUUUAACAAUCAUAAUUUAUUACUAACUGUAGAUAUUGUGGGUGCGUAUUUAAUUUUGUAUAGUUUCAUUUUUUUUUUUGCAAUGGAAUCCUAUUUUAUUUAUUUAGAAAUAACACAAAAAUUAUUAAAAUCUUACCUCAUGUUUGAGUUGGUUUGCGGGAAUGCUUCGCAUGCGGUUGGUCGUGUUCGUGUGUGUUUCUCCCUUUGGUGCUGUGACCUUACUGUCAUUCCGCUUGCUGAUUGGUCAGACGCGGCAGCGGCGUGGGAGUAUACUGGGUUUUGAUUCGCUGUCCUGUUUGCACUCUUAGUUUUCCAAGGCCACCCUCUCACUGGCAUCAUUUUAACCACUCUGGCAACCUUUUGCAAAACAAUCUUUCUCUCUUUUCUGAUUCCAGUUCUCUCACAUUAUUGAUGUUUGUUUUAGUUAUUUUCUUUAACAGCUUUUCCUUGUUAAUGGUUACACCCCAGACUAUUUCUCUCGCUUUUCUCUUUUCUAACGCAUAAUUUCGUUCUCUUUCUGUCUUGAAGAUACUUUUCUUCAGUUGUUAAUGUUUACAUUUAUUCCUUGAGCAUAUUUCUGUUUAAUUCUCUUCAUCUGUGAUUUAGUCAGAAAGCAGUCUCACGCUGACAACCUUUCCAGGGCAUGUAAAACCUUUCUUAUCCUAGUUCACUUUGCCAAUAUCUCUCUUUCUAUCUCUCUCUCUCUCCCUGUCUGAGGACUUCACACUCCUCUCAUGGCAGGGUCAGGACUAACAGAGUAUAAUAAAGCACAACAGAUUUAAAAUGCAUGUUUUUUCUCAGGUUUGAAUAUAUACAUGACUGAAUAGGAAUAUACAGCUAAAUAGAAAAAAUAAAGACUAGUGCAGAUGUAAUUAUAUUAUUAAAGGAUUUUUUUUUUUUUUUUUUUUUUUUGUGUGUGCUGCUGCUUGCAUUUGAAAAACAAAACACAACACACAAAAAUGCAUAAAUAAUAACUUUGUCCUAUUAGUGCCAGUGACAGGGGUGCCGUGUGCUGUGGGUGUUUUUUCACUAGCGGAUUUUCUAGCAGAAUAUAAACUAUUUAUCAUUCAUAUUAAAGCAAUAGCGCCUCCUGCUGGUGUGACUGCUAGUAUGUAACUGGUUGAGUAUAACAAUGUCUGUGUAAAAUGUUAGAAUUCUCUUUUGGUGGCAUUUUUGUACCUUAUUUAUUACUACUACUAAUGAUGAAUUUAAAAGUGGCAUCGCUAAAAUGUUUUUGGCUUUGUUUCGUUUUCAUUUUGUUUAAUUUCAAAGCUUGUACAUUAUCCUUUUUGUA